ACCCUUCGGCCCAAUAUUCGAUUGGCCCGUAACAUAAUUUUUCUAGGUCCAAUUGUACCCAAUUGGCACCUUACCUCGGCCCAUGGAAACUUCUAUAUAACCACGAACGCUUUGUAGGGUUUCAGAGUUGUUUUUCUGCUGGUGCUAGCUGCGGUUUUUGGGAAGGAAUUGCCGGCGGCUGCAUCUAAACCCGUAGCAACCAUGAUUAUUCCGGAGAAGAACCGCAGAGAAAUCUCGAAAUACCUCUUUCAAGAGGGAGUUUGCUAUGCAAAGAAGGAUUUCAAUCUCGCAAAGCACCCUGAGAUCGAUGUGCCCAACUUGCAGGUGAUUAAACUGAUGCAGAGCUUCAAGUCGAAGGAAUAUGUGCGGGAGACAUUUGCAUGGAUGCAUUAUUACUGGUACCUUACCAAUGAUGGGAUUGAGUUUUUGAGAACAUACCUCAAUCUUCCAUCUGAAAUUGUUCCUGCUACCUUGAAGAAAUCAACUAAACCCCCUGGUAGGCCAUUUGGUGGCCCACCUGGUGAUCGCCCUCGUGGCCCUCCUCGUUUUGAAGGAGAUCGUCCAAGAUUUGGUGAUAGAGAGGGAUACCGUGGAGGUCCCCGAGGAGGUGAUUUUGGUGGUGAAAAGGGAGGAGCCCCCGCAGAUUUCCAGCCUUCUUUUAGGGGUUCUGGUGGAAGGCCUGGCUUUGGUCGUGGUGCUGGAGGAUAUGGUGGAGCUCCAUCUGGUUCAGGGUUUCCUUGAGGUGGCAUUGAUCACUUUUUGAUGUCAUGACCUUCCUACAACAACAGCCUGUUAGCUAUGAGGUGCAAUAUGAAAGCUUGUUAUUGUCUAAAGAUUAUUUUUGGGAUUGUCUGUUUGUGGAAAGGGAUUCCGAUUAGUUGUUCAAUUUUGCUCUAUGGAUACGUUGUUUCUCGUUUUAGACGUUGAUAUUAUUAUGUUUGGAUUGGUAAACCAUUCUCCCCAAUUUCUCUCUGACAAUGUUCCUUAGUAAACUAUUUUGUUUGGA